AGCGCAUGUGGAAUCUUCGGAUGGUUGGUGAGAGGAGUCGCUCUCGCGCCAAGCCAGUUGCAGGGACUCCAACCAGUUGCACCACUGUCAACGCGACUAAAUAGAGCAUGGCUCUUCGCCAUGUGGUCAUCUUCAAUACGAUAGUGGUCCUGUGGUGUCUGCAAGGGGACGCCCGCGCCACGGCGGACGCCGUCGACAAGAAGGACGCCUACCUGGUGCAGGACAAGGUCAGGCGGCUCUUCUUUCCCGCCAUCGACGCCCGCAAGAUAUCGCAGCGGGCGGCCUUCCAGAACAUCGACCUGCUGACGGCCAGGAGCUUCGGCAAGCGGGCCGAGUGCUAUGGGGGCUCCUGCGAGAAGCGCGUGCCCCAAUUCGGCGCCAGGUUGUACGGCAAACGGGACUUCGACUUCGGCCGGCUCAGAUGUAUUUUGGCCGAUUGCGCGGGAAUGGAAAACUCCGGCAGAUACAGAAGGCACUCGUCCGGCAUCUUCCACGCGGAUCAUCCUUUAUAGAUAAUAACAGUUAUACAUACAUGUAUAUUUCAUUGUGAUUGUGCAUCUGAAUGUUGUACCCGAUUAAUGUAUAUUGAUAAUAACGCUAUAGGAUAUUUUCAUUUUCCGAAUUUCGACGAUGUUGAAACGGCAAAAAAU